GGAAGGACAUGCAUGGAGCCGGGACUGCCGGCUAGACCGCUGGCUAUGGCUCCACUGCUGGAAUAUGAACGGCAGCUGGUGCUGGAACUGCUCGACACGGACGGGCUGGUAGUGUGCGCCCGCGGGCUCGGCGCGGACCGGCUCCUCUACCACUUUCUCCGGCUGCACUGCCACCCGGCGUGCCUGGUGCUCGUGCUCAACACGCAGCCCGCCGAGGAGGAGUAUUUUAUCAACCAGCUGAAGAUUGAAGGCGUUGAACACCUCCCUCGCCGAGUAACAAAUGAGAUCCCAAGUAACAGUCGCUAUGAGGUUUACACGCAGGGCGGUAUUAUAUUUGCAACAAGUCGAAUACUUGUGGUCGAUUUCUUGACUGAUAGGAUACCAUCGGAUUUGAUUACUGGCAUCUUGGUGUAUAGGGCUCACAGAAUAAUCGAGUCUUGUCAAGAAGCGUUCAUCUUGCGGCUCUUCCGCCAGAAAAACAAGCGUGGUUUUAUUAAAGCUUUCACAGACAACGCAGUGGCCUUUGAUACUGGUUUUUGUCACGUGGAAAGAGUGAUGAGGAAUCUCUUCGUAAGGAAGCUGUAUCUGUGGCCGAGGUUCCACGUAGCAGUCAACUCAUUUUUAGAACAGCACAAACCUGAAGUCGUGGAGAUUCAUGUUUCCAUGACACCUGCCAUGCUUGCUAUACAGACCGCUAUACUGGACAUUUUAAAUGCAUGUCUGAAAGAACUAAAAUGCCAUAAUCCAUCACUUGAAGUAGAGGAUUUAUCGUUAGAAAAUGCUAUUGGAAAGCCUUUUGACAAGACAAUCCGCCAUUAUCUCGAUCCUUUGUGGCACCAGCUUGGAGCCAAAACUAAAUCCCUGGUUCAAGAUCUGAAGAUUUUACGAACUUUGCUGCAGUAUCUCUCUCAGUAUGAUUGUGUCACAUUUCUUAAACUUCUGGAAUCUUUGAGAGCAACUGAGAAGGCUUUUGGCCAGAAUUCAGGUUGGCUGUUUCUUGACUCUAGUACCUCAAUGUUUAUAAAUGCUCGAGCCAGGGUUUAUAAUGUUCCAGACUCCAAAAUGAGUAAAAGAAGCAAAAUGUCUGAAAACAUGAAGAUUAAAGAAGAGCAAGAAACACAAAAGGAACUGGUCCUAGAAAGCAACCCUAAGUGGGAAGCCCUAAGCGAAGUACUGAAAGAAAUUGAGGCAGAAAAUAAGGAGAGUGAAGCCCUUGGUGGUCCAGGUCAAGUACUUAUUUGUGCAAGCGAUGACCGAACGUGUUCCCAGCUGAGAGAGUAUAUCACUUUUGGAACAGAGGCCUUUUUAUUGAGACUCUACAGGAAAACUUUUGAGAAGGAUAGCAAAGCUGAAGAAGUGUGGAUGAAAUUUAGAAAGGAGGACAAUUCAAAGAGAAUUAUGAAAUCUAACAAAAAACUCAAAGACCCCCAAAACAAAGAAAGGGCUUCUACCAAAGAAAGGACUCUGAGAAAGAAAAAACGAAGGUUGACUUUAACUCAAAUGAUAGGAAAAUCUGAAGAACUUGAAGCAGAAGAGGGUGUUGAAGUAUAUCAUAGAGAAAUAAGCAGUAGCCAAGAAAGUUGCUUUGAAGGAAUGAAGCAUGAAGAAUUUGAUUUAAACUUGUCAUCUGAUGCAGCUUACGGGAUCCUGAAAGAACCCCUCACCAUCAUCCAUCCGCUUCUGGGUUGUAGUGACCCCUAUGCUCUGACGAGGGUACUCCAUGAGAUGGAACCAAGAUACGUUGUCUUGUAUGAUGCAGAACUAACAUUUGUUCGUCAGCUGGAAAUUUACAGGGCAAGCAGGCCUGGGAAACCUCUGAGGGUUUAUUUUCUCAUAUAUGGGGGUUCAACUGAGGAACAACGCUAUCUCACUGCUUUGAGGAAAGAAAAAGAAGCUUUUGAAAAACUCAUAAGGGAAAAGGCAAGCAUGGUUAUCCCUGAAGAAAGAGAAGGCAGAGACGAAACAAACCUCGACUUAGUGAGAGGCGCCGCAUCCGCAAAUGCUCCCGCCGACACGCGUAAAGCAGGUGGCCAAGAACAGACUGGAACACAGCAAAGUAUAGUUGUGGAUAUGCGUGAAUUUCGCAGUGAGCUUCCGUCUCUGAUCCAUCGCCGGGGCAUUGACAUUGAACCGGUGACCUUAGAGGUCGGAGAUUACAUCCUGACUCCGGAAAUGUGCGUGGAACGGAAGAGCAUCAGCGAUUUGAUCGGCUCUUUGAAUAACGGCCGCCUCUACAGCCAGUGCAUCUCCAUGGCCCGCUACUACAAGCGGCCAGUGCUUCUGAUCGAGUUUGACCCCAGUAAGCCCUUCUCGCUCGUGUCCCGCGGUGCCUUACAUCAGGAGAUCUCCAGCAGUGACGUUAGUUCCAAGCUCACUCUUCUCACUCUUCACUUCCCCAGACUCCGGAUGCUCUGGUGCCCCUCCCCUCACGCAACCGCGGAGUUGUUUGAGGAGCUGAAGCAAAACAAGCCACAGCCCGAUGCAGCCACGGCCAUGGCUAUCACAGCAGAUUCGGAAACCCUCCCCGAGUCAGAAAAGUACAGUCCUGGUCCCCAAGACUUCCUCUUAAAAAUGCCAGGGGUAAAUGCAAAGAACUGUCGCUCCUUGAUGAACCACGUUAAGAACCUUGCAGAAUUAGCAACCCUCUCACAAGACAAGCUCACAAGUGUCCUGGGGAACGCUGCAAAUGCUAAGCAGCUUUAUGACUUCAUUCACACCUCUUAUGCAGAAGUCGCAUCUAAAGGAAAAAUGAAAAAAAUGAACACGGGCGGCUGUUUUCUUAUCCCAGGACUGUGCUUUCUGACCACUCUUUGCAGCCAUAAGAGGUUGUUAUUAAUUCUUAACUCGGUAUUUCCUUCUCUUCCAACGCCUUUAGUGAUUGUGCAGUCUGUUUCCUGGGGCAGUGGGACGGGAGCCGAGGCUCCUCCCUGAUCUUUGCAUUUGGGCAGCAUUUUGUCUUUCCUACAUCGCUCUCAUCCCUCCCUGCCGUGUCCAUGCCAGGUUUACUAUAUUCAGUUUUGAAAGGAGGUACAUCCGCAUCAGAUAAAGUUUCUACAGGUGUUUCUAGAGGGCCAUUUUUGAAACAAGCAGAAAUCUGUGUUUUGUAAACAAAUUGAUAAAACACACAGUUACAUUUUUUUCCUCUGUCUAUAGAGGGGCCCUCUGGAACAUGGAAAAACUUCUCUGCCCCCCACCCCCGACCAUUUCUCUCCACUACAUUUUUCUCAUCUUCAUGUUUCUUCCACCUGUCUGCCUCUACAAAAAAUUCCUGGGUACUCCCUACUACUAAUUUAAGACACUCGCCUCUAAAACUGGCUGAUUGUCUAAUCACUUGCAUACAUGUAGCAUGCACUAUAACUCAGUUAUUCAGAACCAGUAUUUUUAAAACAUAAAAUGAAUUACCCAAAUUUACUACAAAAUUUGAUGGUGCAGGUGAAGGUGCCCCUUGGAAGUCUACUUUUGCAGAUUCCCAGCCUCCUAAAAAUCCCAGAGAUCUCUAAGCCCAACUGGCCAGUUGGGAAGUCUCCUAAGACUUCCUGUUUACCCAGCCUCUCCUCACAGCUCCUGAGACACCGGCAUCACAUCCUCCAGAAACACCAGAAGCGCAUCCUCUCUUAGAUUCUCUACUUCUCGUGUUCCUCCUUCCACCUUCUCUUGUACUGUGCCUGUGAGGGCUCGAGUACAGGCAAAUGAGUGGCCCACAGAGCUGUUACGAUUUGACUUCUCUUCCUUGAGUUGCAAUAAAAGGAUUAUAAGCAAAUGGAAGCUCAAUGCAUAAAAUAUAUUAAAAAGCUUCCAUAAAGUAAACAGUCUCAUUCCAGACCUCUUUCUGAUUGAUCUAGUUUAGAUUUUUACUGAAAGAUCUUUACAGGAUAUUCAUAGCAUCUUUGUGCAUUUUCUAAACUUUUAUAUUUAAACAUUAUUAAUUUAGGUAGUAAGCACUAAAUUUUCUACCUCAAGAGCUAAUAUACAUCAAUUCUGCUUGCGAUAUCACAAAGUUGAGCUUUUCCUCAAUGUCAGCCAUAUUUUUGUCACACUUUGUGAACUUAAUAUACUGUGGGCCAUGUAACAUAUACUUUAACAAAAGUACUUGAGCCAUCAUUUUAAACUCUCUCAUAUUGUCAUCUUGAUUUAUUGCUACUUAGCAGUGUAAAUGGAUUUUGAACUCUAUACAGGAAUGUCAGAGGAAUGAAUUUAGAACUCUGCAAGGGAAUGUGGAGAGAAAGGCAGAGGGCAAGAAACAAAAAUUAGUUUAAGGUAGAAUAAAGAUUUGGGCUGCUAAUUUUGUCCCAAGGUUAAAAAUACAUCCUCUAGGAUAGCGAAGAAAAAUGUUGAGUACAGAUGAUAACAUUCACUUUUAUAUUUAGUCUCUGUAUUGAAGAGUUGAAUCAUAAUUAAAAGUAUAUUAAAAGAGACAUACCGCUUCAAAUGGUAAUAGCUGUUACAAUUUUUCUUCACCUUUUUCUAGUGCUUCUGCUUGCAGUAUGUAAUUUCUAAAUUUUCUUCUUGUAUAAUUCUACCUGCCUUUUAUUGUGGUUUCUUAUAUAAAAGGGAAAUCUUAAUGUAGCACAUUCUUUGAUUGUGAUUUCAUUCUAAGUUAAGUUUUCAAAAAGGAAAACUCUUAAAGCUUCCAUUUUGAAUGGUGCUUGUUAUCUAACACAAUACAGAUAACAGUUUUCUUUGUGUUGAGUCUCUCGAAUUCUGUUGCUCUCUGUUGUACCUGACGGGCACACUGGAGGGCAGGUGCACCAUCUCAUGGGCAUUUGAAAUAUGAAAGAUCCUUUCUAAUGAACUCUGAGGCCAUCAUUACAGAUCACAUACUCUCACUGCCAUUUCCUCUCCCAACUGAAUAAAUUAUUUUAUGGUAUUUCCAGUUUUGGAAAACUUUUACUACUUGCAUGAAGUAUUUAUAUCAAAUUUUUUAUUUACAGAUUUUUACCAUCUAAGAAUCUUUGGUAAAGGAACAAGAGUCACACACAGUUGCAGAAUUAAUAUGUUACUUAUUCUCUAGCAUCACUUUGUUAACUUUGCCUUUUUCUUCCAAGAUAAUAAAUAUUUUAAUUUACUUCUGAACUCAUGUUUUGCUUUUUUCAAAAUCUUUCUUAAAAGCUAAGCCAUCGUUAAUUAUUCUAUUUUACAAGAUUUUGGGGUAACAAAUUUGAACAUGGGAAACAUUGUGGGAAAUCAUUUUCAGUUUUGUUUGCUUAAAUCACAGGGCCUCUCAUUAUUUCCUUAAAAAUACAUGAGAAGAAAUCAUUUUUAACAGUGGAAAAUGAAUUAUGGCCUUUUUGCAAUAGGUUAGUGUCUCUUCAGUCUGAAAUUUCCCAGCUCACAAGGGCCAGAAAAUAAUGAUCUAAUUCAUUAAUCCAUUGGAACAUGGAGAGUUAAGUCUGGAUUUGGUCCCUUUGAGAUAACAGAGCAUGGAAUUAAUAAAUGGCCUUCAGCAUGUAAACCUACGCUAAAGCAGAUCUGAAGAAGUAGAUGGGGAGGGAGGCAGGCAUUAUUUGUGUUUGCUUUUGUUUUUCAAGCAUAAUUUGAUUUUCCUUUAGCUCAGAAAACUUCUUUAGGGAAACUCGUCUCUUUACUGUUCAGUUUAACCUAGAAAUAUGUCUUCCAGAAAACUGACAUUUGGAGAAAAUUCUUUUCUCAGUCUCGAGUGCAUUAAAAUUUAUCCAGGCUCUUUAACAUGUUUGCCAUUUUUCUUUGUUAUUUUGCUGUCUCGUUUGGUUUGUAGCUAUUUCCUGUCCUAUUCUAAAUGUUGCUUUUUAAUUUGCUAUCUCAUGAUUGGAUUUUUGGUGGCCUAUACCACUAUGCUUUUGCUUUUUAAUUUAAGGGUGUUUGUGCCAAAAUGUGGAUGGGAGGGAGACAUAAUCUAUUUAUAUCCAUUUGUAAUAGUAUUUGUGUUUGUGUGUGUUUUUAAUAAAACAUAUUUAUUCACUAUUUCCCUCAGCAUUUUGUGGGAAAGGAAAAAUAACAAUGUACAAUGAUAGGGCAUCUAUUAACAGCAGUGCGUUGGUAAAUAUAAUAAUUUAAAAUUCAGAGAAUUUUACAUUUUUUUUCUUUAUUUAUUGUUGUGCAGGAUAAAUGAUUAACACUGAAAUGCCCUUUGACCCACUGCUUUAGCUAUUUGACUUGUUUGGCAAUGGACUCUAUGGCUUCAAAUUAUUUUUCACUUGGUCAUUUUCCCUUACUACUUUUCAUUUUGUAGUAUCCAGACUUUGUCAUCUCUUAAACUAGUUUGAAUAUUACUUUAA